CUUCCUUCCUUCCCUUCCCCCCCUCCUCGCCUCCGCCGUACGCGCCGAGCUGUGUGCGCGUUUAUAGCUGGCCUCUGUCCUCCUCCUGCUCACCAUCUCUCUCCCUCCCCGCACCCCACCCCACUCCCCUCUCUUCCGCCGACAGCGCGGAGAUCCCAUCACUGCGCGGGAGAUGAGAUGACGCGCGCCGCGCUACUCCUGCUCGUCGCCCUCGCUGGGGCCGCGGCGUCGGAUUUCUCCGGCGAUGGAGGGCCCGGGACGGCGGCGGUUGAGGUGGAUCCAUCGUGGCGGUUCCCGAGCCAACGCAUCCGGGACGCCUACGUCGCGUUGCAGACCUGGAAACGCCACGCCAUCUUCUCCGACCCGCGGAACCUCACCGCCGACUGGUCCGGCCCGGACGUCUGCAACUACACGGGCGUCUUCUGCGCGCCGCUGCCGUCCGACCCGCGCGUGCUCGCCGUCGCCGGCGUCGACCUCAACCACGGGGAUAUCGCGGGGUACCUCCCGCCGGAGCUCGGCCUGCUCGCCGACCUCGCGCUGCUGCACCUCAACUCCAACCGCUUCUGCGGCUUGCUCCCGGGCACGCUCCGCCGGCUCCGCCUCCUCCACGAGCUCGAUCUGAGCAACAACCGCUUCGUCGGCCCCUUCCCGGAGGUCGUGCUCGACAUGCCGGCCCUCAGGUUCCUCGAUCUCCGGUUCAAUGAGUUCGAGGGCGCCGUGCCCAGCCGCCUCUUCGACAGGCCGCUGGACGCCAUCUUCCUCAACCACAACCGCUUCCGCUUCAAGAUCCCGGACAACAUCGGCAACUCGCCGGUCUCCGUCAUCGUCCUCUCCCACAACACCUUCCAAGGAUGCCUCCCCGCCAGCAUCGCCAACAUGUCCGGCACGCUCAACGAGCUCUUGCUCAUCAACAACGGCCUCAAGUCAUGCCUGCCGCCGGAGAUCGGCCGCCUGCGGGAGCUCACGGUGCUCGAUGUCAGCCACAACCAGCUCGCCGGCCCGCUCACGCAGGAGGUGGCGGGGCUGAGGAAGCUGGAGCAGCUCAACGUCGCGCACAACCUGCUCUCUGGGCCGAUACCCCAGGCCGUGUGCGCGCUGCCGCGACUCAAGAACUUCACCUUCUCAUACAACUUCUUCACCGGGGAGCCGCCGGCGUGCGCGCGCGUCGUGCCUCGGGACAGCGACCGAGACAACUGCCUGCCGAAUCGCCCCGCUCAGCGGACACCGCAGCAGUGCGCCGCCUUCUACUCCCGACCGCCCGCCGACUGUGCGGCGUUCCAGUGCAAGCCGUUCGUCCCGCCUUCACCGCCUCCAUCCCCGCCCCCGCCGUUGCCAUCGCCGCCACCGCCUUCUCCACCUCCACCAUCCCCGCCGCCGCCAUCACCUCCUCCGCCUUCGCCAUCUCCACCACCACCAUUACCAUCACCACCCCCACCUUCACCUCCACCACCAUCCCCGCCUCCACCAUCACCUCCGCCGCCAAAGCCAGUCCACUCACCGCCGCCGCCAAAGCCAGUCCACUCACCGCCGCCGCCAAAGCCAGUCCACCACUCCCCGCCGCCGCCAAAGCUAGUCCACUCGCCGCCGCCGCCAAAGCUAGUCCACUCGCCGCCGCCGCCGCCAAAGCCAGUCCACCACCACCCACCGCCUCCUCCUGCUCCGCAUCCGCAUCCAACGUGCCCCCCGCCGCCGCCCUGUAACUGUCCGCCACCAGCAUUGCCACCGCCGCCACCGUAUUACCCCGGGCAAUUGCCACCUGUGUCCCGUGCAGAAUAUGGAUCACCACCACCGCCCCCCUAUAACCCCGACCCAUUGCCACCCGUCUCCUGGGCAGAAUAUAGAUCACCGCCACCGCCUUCACGGCAGUGAUACAUAUAGAUUCUCUAAAGAAAAACAUCAUCUGAAGGAAGACAUGGUUUUGCUCCCGCUCCAUACCUCUCUCCAUGGAUAGCAAAGCUCACCAGUUUACGUGGUCAUUGUCAUGCUUAGCUGCUAGUGUUCUUGAUUGAUGGCUACCGGCGUGAAGAGCUAGUUGUAAGGUGGGCGGAAUUUUCUGGAUUAUGAUUUGUCGCCUGCGCAUCGAGACGAUUUGUGUUGUGGUGUUGAAAGGGAUUGGAGAAUAGGCUACAGAUUAAAGGCCAAUUGGGUUGUGAAUAAUAAGAGUUUGGGAGGGACAGAAGAGGAUUUGUGUGAGUGAGUGGAUUGUAGGUGCAGCAGGGAUAUAGUAGUAUGUUGGGUGUAUAGAGAGAAGCAUAAGUUGAGUUCAACUUAGUUAAAUUCAGUCAGACAUAAGUUUAGAACAAGAGAUUCAGAGUGUUGUUUCUUCCUUUUGUAUCCCAGUUACUUCUUGGUUAUUCGAUUAUUAUACGUAUUAUUUA